UUUCUUAGCUUGAUAAUGAUAGUUGAUAUUUUCAUCUCCACUCUCACUCUCCCCACUCUCACUCUCUCUCUCUCUCUCUCUCUUCAUCCCUGUUCAUCGCUAAUUCAUUAAUGAUGUCAUUUUUGUAGAAGACUUCAUGCUCCUUCUUGCUUGCAAGGAUUUUUGUUGAGCUUGCUUGCUGCUUUUAGUUAUCUGUCUUUACGGAGGAGAGACCAAAGAUGACAACUCUUCCUCCAUCACUUAUGAUAAGGCCAUGCUGCUAUAACUUUGUAGUUGUGGAGUCAUCUAAAUUGAUAGGCACUGCACAUUACAUCUCUUCCAACAGAGUCGCACGGGGCUUUGGGAGAAUGGAUGUAGAUAAAAGGCACUUGGCUGGAGAAAUCGCAAAAAAUGUCGGAAAAACUCCACCCUGGACUCUUCAUUCAAGAGCAUUUGCUGCGGCGCGGGUUCCUAUUCAGCAAACUGAACGGAUGUUUUCUACAAGCACUGAAGUUGAUGAGUGGAAAAAGGUAUCAACUUAUCUAUUUAGGUCACAAAUUGGUGGUCAUGUGAAAGUUUUUGUCAGAAAGAAAAAUGGCAAACAUGCUGUUUAUAUUGAGGUUUCAUCUCUGGAUAUCAGUACUAGAGACUACAAACUGACGCUCAUUUGGGGGAUAUAUAGAUCUGAUUCGGCAUGUUUCAUGCCAUUGGAUUCUCAACACUUAGACCCGGAUGCCAGGACCAUGGAUACCCCAUUUGUACAGAAUUCUUUUGGUAGAUUUGCACUUGAACUGGAGUUUGAGGCAAAACAAACUCCCAUCUAUCUCUCAUUUCUGCUCAAAUCUAUGUUCAAUAGUGAUUCAAGUAGCUUAGAAAUCAGGAAUCACAGGCAGACAAAUUUUUGUGUGCCAAUUGGUUUUAGUUCAGGUUAUCCAAAUCCACUAGGUCUUUCCUUUUCAAAUGAUGGUUCCAUGAAUUUUGCAUUUUUUUCAAGAAAUGCUGAAGGUGUGGUUUUAUGCUUGUACGAUGACUCUACAACAGACAAACCUGCUUUAGAGCUUGAUCUAGAUCCAUAUGUUAAUCGAUCCGGUGAUGUAUGGCACGCUUCAUUGGAAAGUGCAUGGACUUUUACAAGUUAUGGCUAUCGAUGCAAGGGAACAGGUAAAGUUGAUGUGGAGCGUGUUCUUUUGGAUCCUUAUGCUAGAAUCAUUGUUAACUGUACAGCAGAUGAUGGAUCUGGUUUGUCUACAAAGUAUCUUGGGCGGUUAUGUGAGGUACCUGCUUUUGAGUGGGGAGAUGAUGUUCGUCCAAACUUGGCCAUGGAGAAACUAGUUGUCUAUCGGUUGAAUGUGAAGCAUUUCACUGAAAGCAAGUCUAGUAAGCUAUAUAGUGAUAUUGAUGGGACCUUUGCAGGUUUGACAGAGAAGUUGAACCAUUUUAAAAAUCUUGGUGUAAAUGCAGUCUUAUUAGAGCCAAUAUUUCCAUUUGAUGAGGGAAAAGGGCCAUAUUUUCCAUGUCAUUUUUUUUCACCAUCGAAUCUAUAUGGGCCUUCUGGUGGCUCGAUAUCUGCCAUUACAUCAAUGAAGGAGAUGGUGAAGGAAUUGCAUGCUAAUGGGGUAGAGGUUUUACUGGAAGUUGUUUUCACUCAUACUGCUGAAGCUGGAGCACUGCAAGGAAUUGACGACUUCUCCUAUUAUUAUGCAAAUAGAGUUGUAGAUUUAGAGUCAAGAAAUGCCUUGAACUGUAAUUAUCCUAUUGUUCAACGGAUGAUUUUAGAUAGUCUUCGGCACUGGGUGACUGAGUUCCAUAUUGAUGGUUUCUGUUUCAUGAAUGCCUCAUUUCUACUGAGAGGGUUUCAUGGUGAAAUUUUAUCGCGCCCUCCCUUGGUUGAAGCAAUAGCCUUUGAUCCUUUACUUUCAAAUACCAAAAUUAUUGCAGAUUGCUGGGACCCUGAAGACAUGACACCAGAGGAAAUUUGCCUACCUCAUUGGAAAAGAUGGGCAGAGAUAAAUACAAAAUUUCGUUCUGAUGUAAGAAACUUUUUGAGAGGUGAAAGUCUUCUUAGUGACCUUGCAACACGGCUUUGUGGAAGUGGAGACAUCUUUUCAAGUGGACGAGGCCCGGCUUUUUCUUUCAAUUUUAUUGCCAGGAAUUCUGGACUUCCUCUAGUAGACUUGGUCAGCUUUAGCAGUGAUGAACUAGCCUCAGAGUUAUGUUGGAAUUGUGGGGAAGAAGGACCUACAAACAAAAUUCCUGUCCUUGAAAGACGACUUAAACAAAUCCGUAAUUAUUUAUUUAUUCUAUACGUUUCAUUGGGUGUUCCUGUUCUUAACAUGGGAGAUGAGUGUGGUCAAUCUUCUGGCGGUUCCAUUUCAUAUGGUGAUAGGAAACCUUUUGAUUGGAAUUCACUGUCAACAGGUUUUGGUAUUCAGAUGACACAGUUCAUCUCAUUUUUGAGUUCAUUGAGAACACGGUGGAGUGAUGUUCUUCAAAAAAGGAACUUCUUGAAGGAAGAAAAUAUUGAUUGGUAUGGAACUGACCAAUCUCCACCGAGAUGGGAAGAUCCGUCCUGCAAAUUCUUGGCAAUGACGUUGAGGACCAAGUCUUCUGGUAAUCUAUUCAUGGCCUUUAAUGCUGCUGACCAGUCAGAGAGUGUUAUUCUACCCCAGCUUCCUGAAGGAAUGACAUGGCUUCGUUUGGUUGAUACUGCUCUUCCAUUCCCAGGUUUCUUUUCAAAUGAUGGUGAACCAGUUGUUGAGCAGAUGGCAGAGUUAAUUGUUUAUGGAAUGAAAUCUCACAGCUGCAUAUUGUUUGAAGCCAGAAGCACUGGUAGUUAGUGUCUUCCCUCUUGCUCAGUUUCUGUUAGUGCCAACUUUGUAAUUAUAUGAUUCGAGCUUUUGUAGAAUAAUGCCACUAAGAAAUUUCAAGUACUAUUCUCUUUCCAAAGGAAUUGAUGCUUUUGCAAUUAUUGUAUAUUUACUAUGAGUCCGUUUUCACAAGAUGACAAAUCCAUAUGUUUCAAUUUUUCUU